UCCGUGACGCCGUCGCCGCCGCCACCGCAGUGUGGGCGAAAGAGUUAAAACUGGCCAGCGAGGCCAGUUCACGCGCGAGCAUCGUCGCGAUCGGUUCGUUGUUCUUUUUUAUUUUUAUUAUUAUUAUUUCUUUCCGAAGCGCACUCUCGCCAGUGGAUCGUUACCGUUGCUCCUUUACUUGGAAUGGUUGCGUAAGGCGAUUCAUCUCUCGGGACUGAAAAUACGCGUGAGUGGUGCGCGUCAACAUGGACGAAGGCCAGAAGAAGAGGCAGAGGAAUCCACGUCAAGACGCUAGUUGGCUGUCCGUCGUCACUUUCGCGUGGCUCCUGAGAACGUUCCGCGCGGGGUUCCGUCGCGAGCUGGACCUGGCAGACCUCUACCAGCCGCUGGACGAGCACGCGAGCGGCAAGGUGGGCGAGCGUAUCAGCCGGGAGUGGCGGAGAGAGGAGCGCCGAAGCCGCGAGGCAGGGACGGCGGCGAGCUUGCUGCGCGUGCUGUCGCGCUGCUUCGGCCGGGAGAUCUUGCUGGCCGGAGCGGGACAAGCGCUGCUCGAGUUCCUCGUGAGGCUAUCUAGGCCGUACGUGCUGCUGCAAUUGCUGCACCGCCGGGGCGACGCUCGGGGAUGGGCGAGCGCGCUGGCGCUCGGCGUCUUCGUCGACUGCGUCGUCGGCCACGUGUGCGUGCAGAGCCUCAUGCACACCGGCAUGAAGAUCCGGGUGGCCUGCUCCUCGCUGCUCUACAGGAAGAUACUCAGCGUGCCGACCACCUUCGCCGACUCCGACGAGACCAGCGCCGGACAGGUACUGAAUCUACUGAGCAACGACGUCAGUAGAUUGGGCCACGCGGUUUACUACAUGCACUACAUCUGGAUGGCUCCCCUGGAGGCCAUUCUCGUCUUCUACUUCUUGUAUCGCGAAGUCGAUAUGUCAGCCGGUAGCGGCAUCGCACUGCAGCUCCUGUUCAUACCAAUACUCGGACUUUUCGGGAGAUUAACGAAUCGCCUGACUAGCAAGUACGCGGCGAGGACUGACGAGAGGCUGAAACUAACCAAUGAGGUCGUCAAAGGAAUCCGAGCCAUCAAGAUGUAUGCCUGGGAGAAACCCUUUUCCAAUUUCAUCGACCAGACUAGAAAAAAGGAGUUAAAAAUCGUAAAACAAGAUGCUAUAAUAACUGACAUGAGCUUGGCAUCAGAAUUCUACAUUCCGAGACUUUGCAUCUUCAUUACCCUCUUGGCUUACGUAUUACUCGACAAUGGAAUCAACGCCGAAAAGGUCUACGUGAUCACAGCUCUUUACGACGUUUUGCGGCUGAGCAUGUACACCUUAUUUCCAUUGUGUCUGCACGACGCAGCAGAAGCUCUAGUGUCAGUUCAGCGAUUGCAAAAUUUUAUGAAAAUAGAGGAGCUUCCUAGUCUCUCUGCAACCACUAACCACACGGAUAAAACCUUUAGCUCGGAUGGGUCUGCAGUCGUAUUUAAAAACUUUAGCGCUAAGUGGAAUCCCAGGGUGAAAGUUCUUGAAAACGUCAAUCUCCAAAUACCAGCGAAAAGCCUAACCGCUGUGGUUGGCGAAGUAGGCUGUGGUAAAACGAGUCUUCUGCACGCGAUUCUUCGAGAGCUUCCACACGUCACAGGUGUCAUUCUUACCUACGGUAAAAUCUCUUAUGUGCCACAAGAACCAUGGAUUUUUGCGUCGAGCUUGCGACAGAAUAUCCUAUUUGGUGAGACGUUUGACCAACAACAUUACGAGCGAGUGAUCGAAGUAUGCCAACUGAAACAAGACAUUGAAGCAUUGCCACAAGGUGACGCAACGUUAUUGGGUGAGAAAGGUAUCAAUUUGAGUGGCGGUCAGCGUGCCAGAGUGAAUCUUGCCCGGGCUAUCUAUCGUGACGCUGAUAUUUAUCUUUUUGAUGACCCAUUGUCUGCGUGCGACAUGCUCGUCGGCCGGAAGAUCUUUCAAGAAUGCAUGAAAAUUUACUUAAAAGAUAAGACGAUUAUUCUGCUGACCCAUCAAUUUCAAUAUCUGGAGGAAGUUGAUAAAAUAGUUGUUCUGAGUAACGGCGUAGUCGAGGCAACUGGAACCCUCGGUGAAUUGCAAAAUAUUGGAAUCAAUUUGGUUCAAGUGAUGCAGGUAUCGAAUGAAUUCGACAAAGCAAGUAAUCGAAAAUCAGACGAGUCGCAAUUAGAUCUUGACGAUGGGGAAUUGAAUGGUAUCGAUGGCAAGUGCCAGACAGUGGCGGAGAAAAAAGUAAGUGGUAGCAUAUCAGCCAAGACAUAUCUCACUUACUUAUUGGCCGGUAAGAAUACACCUCUCGUGAUACUAGUGAUGUUCAUGAGUUUAAUGCAUCAAUUGGUAGGCAGCAGUGGGGAUUACUUUUUAGCAUAUUGGGUGAACGCCGAAGAAAACACGAUAAUGCGGAAUAAUGAAACCUGCGUAGAAUAUGUUUGCAAUCAUCGCGAUUGGUAUAUCUACGUCUAUGGGGUUAUCACUUUGACCACUAUAACUUUAUGUCUUUUGCAAUCGUGGUCAUUCUUCGAGAUGAGCAUGAGGAUUGCUAACAACUUGCACGCGAACAUGUUCGCCAGUGUUAUUUCUGCGACUAUCGACUUCUUCAACAAGAAUCCCUUAGGUCGUAUCAUGAAUAGAUUUUCUAAAGAUAUGAGUAUAGUCGAUACAGAAGUGUCGCGAGCCAUGAUAGACGUCAUUCAGAAUACUAUUCACAUUCUGGCAGCAUUCACAGUUGUGAGCAGCGUAAAUCCAUGGCUACUCAUUCCAGCAUGUCUCGUUGGCUUCUGUUUCUACGGCUUCUCGUUGUUUUUCAUCAAGACCAGCCGCAGCAUUAAGCGUCUAGAAGCUAUAACGAGGUCACCCGUAUUUAGCUAUGUGAGCGAUAGCUUGCAGGGUCUUACGACAAUACGUGCCUUAGGAGUCAAGAAGGUUCUUGUUGCAGAGUUUGACGACCAUCAAGAUUUGCACUCGUCGGCAUGGUUCAUCUUCUUUUCAGGCUCGCGAGGAUUGGGCAUGUAUCUGGAUCUGUUCUGUGCAGUAUUUCUCACGUGCGUUCUUUUCACCUUGAUGAUCUUCGAUGACACUACUAUGUCCGGACACAUUGGUCUUGCGAUAACGCAGUGCAUGCUGUUGAUCAAUACCUUGCAGUGGGGUGUCAGACAGUUCGCUGAAAUGGAGAAUCAGAUGACGUCGGUGGAACGAGUUCUGGAGUACUCGAAAUUGACGAGAGAGGAAUACAGGCCGAAGAGUGUGAAAAAAGGAAAUGAUAAAGAACUGACGGAAAUUACGGAAGUAAGUUCACUGACGAUCGCGGAACGGGAAGUGGAGAUACCACAAGUUUGGCCAAACGAAGGAAAAAUAGAAUAUAGAAAUGUUAGUCUAAGAUACGACAAACAAGGACCAAUGGUUCUGAAGAAUCUCAAUUUUAGCAUAAGAUCUCAAGAAAAAAUUGGUAUCGUUGGUAGAACUGGUGCUGGUAAAUCUUCCUUAAUCAAUUCUCUCUUUAGGUUAGCAUACAUUGAAGGAGAUAUUUUUAUAGACAACCUCCCCACUAGAGAUCUUGGCCUUUACGAAUUACGAUCCAAGAUUAGUAUAAUUCCGCAAGAGCCAAUCCUUUUUACGGGAAACCUUCGGAAAAAUUUAGAUCCUCUUGGUCAACAUACGGAUGCUGAUUUAUGGCAGGCUCUCGAUGAUGUGGGCAUGAGACGAAAUAUCGAUGCGAGCGUAGGUCUUGAAACGCAUGUCGCAGAAGGUGGAUCUAACUUCAGUGUAGGCCAACGUCAACUACUUUGUUUAGCACGCGCCAUUGCUCGUAAGGAUAAAAUACUCGUUUUAGACGAGGCCACAGCCAAUGUUGACCCUCAGACUGACGAUUUGAUUCAAAAAACGGUCAAAAGGAAGUUUGACAGUUGCACGAUAUUGACCAUUGCCCACAGAUUGCAUACUGUUAUUGAUAGUGAUAGAAUUAUUGUUAUGAAUACUGGAGUUAUAGCAGAAUUUGAUCAUCCGUAUGUUUUGUUGACGGAAAAGAAAGGUCUUUUUUAUGAAAGUGUUCAGCAGACUGGUGCAGGAACGGCGCAGUUCCUGUUUCAAAUUGCAAAAUCAAAUUAUGAAAAAAAAGUUGAUAAAACUUGAAGACAUUUUAUGAAGGACAAUGUUACUGAGAACUAUAAAUUGUUACACGGGUAAUGCAUAAUUUUUUUGAAAGGCUGACAACCGAUCAUUGGUACUUUGUAUUUCUAUAUUGUCAAUUUACAAGUGUUUAAAUUUGAAGAAGGUAUUCAAAAAGACAGUAGAAUUUUUGAAGCAAUUCACGGGGACCAUUAUUCAAUAACCUAAAGUGGUUGUGCUACGUUUUUAAUUAAAUACUGUAGAAAGAAUUUUUUGUUUUAGUAGUAGUAAAAUAUUUUUAAUACUCGUCAGUUUGAAAAUUGUCAUAUGA